AAGUGCCAAACUGAUCCCAGCUGCUGGACUUCCUGAUAAUCCUGCUGCAGAGCAGGACCGUGUGGACUUCAGUCAGACUUUGUAGAAUCUUUAACCAGCUACAGCAGAUCUUCAGGAAGGGAUCUGCUGUCUGUGUGCACCUCUGAGGAAUGGCGCUGCUUUCAGUUUGCAGACGGUUGUUAGAGUUCAGAGAAACCGUUCAGAGAUCCAUGACAUCCACACAGCUCUACAGCUCCUCUGUGGUCUCUGGCAGGCAGCUUGUUAAUGGAGUGGAUCUGUACUAUGAGCAGACAGGCAGAGGGAAACAUGCUGUGCUGCUACUUCCUGGGGCUUUGGGAAGCACAAAGACAGAUUUUGCUCCUCAGCUCAAGUCUCUGAAUAAGGAACGUUUCACUGUGGUUGGUUGGGAUCCCCGUGGUUACGGACAGUCCCGCCCCCCAGACAGAGACUUCCCUCCUGAUUUCUUUGAGAGGGAUGCAAAGGAUGCAGUGGAUCUGAUGAAGGCACUGGGCUUUGGCAAGUUCUCUCUGCUGGGGUGGAGUGAUGGAGGAAUCACCUCUCUGAUUGCAGCCGCCAGGAACCCCGACCUGAUCAACAAGAUGGUCAUAUGGGGAUCCAAUGCCUUUGUUUCUCAACAAGACCUCAAGCUUUAUAAUGCGGUCCGCGAUGUCUCUAAGUGGAGUGCAAGGAUGAGACAGCCCAUGGAGGAGGUGUAUGGAGCACAAGUCUUUGCUAAAACAUGGGAGGCCUGGGUGGAUGGAAUCCAACAGUAUGUCCACAGACCAGAAGGGAACAUCUGCAUGGAGCUUCUGCCCCUGAUCAGCUGUCCAACCCUCAUUAUCCACGGAGAGAAAGACCCUAUGGUGCCGAGCUUCCACCCUCAAUACAUCCUCAAACACAUCAAAGGAUCUCGAUUUCAUUCAAUGCCAGAGGGAAAACACAACCUGCACCUGAGGUACGCCGAUGAAUUCAAUAAACUGGUGGAAAACUUUCUGGAAGAGUGAAACUACUGAUGUGUCAUUUCCUGUGAAGACCCAACGUUUAUAAUAGUUAAAUGCAAAUAUUAACAUAUAUAUUUUCAAUAAUUUGAAUAUUAUUGUUUUGAUUACAUUUUUAUAAAGAAUAAUGUGAGUUUUCAUCUGUGCUAAUAUUAAAUUAGAAUUUCAUAUUAAAUAAAAAUAUAUGCCGAUGAGAAACA